GUCCAGCGCGACUGCUGCCCUCCUUUUCCUUUCCUGCUCGAAAUAGCUUCAUUCUAUUACCCUUCCGUUUGUCAGCCCGAAUCCAUCCGCAAUGUCUGACACCACCGGCAAGACCAUCACCUGCAAGGCCGCCGUCGCCUGGGAGGCCGGCCAGCCUUUGAGUGUUGAGGACAUCGAGGUUGCUCCUCCCAAGGCCCACGAGGUCCGCAUCAAGAUUCACUACACGGGUGUCUGCCACACAGAUGCCUACACCCUCUCCGGCAAGGACCCCGAGGGUGCCUUUCCCAUUGUUCUCGGUCACGAGGGUGCCGGUAUCGUCGAGUCCAUUGGCGAGGGCGUCACCAACGUAAAGGUCGGCGACACCGUCAUCGCGCUCUACACACCCGAGUGCAAGGAGUGCAAGUUCUGCAAGUCCGGCAAGACCAACCUCUGCGGCAAGAUCAGAGCCACCCAGGGCAGGGGUGUCAUGCCCGACGGUACUUCGCGCUUCAAGUGCAAGGGCAAGGACCUCCUCCACUUCAUGGGCACCUCUACCUUCUCUCAAUACACCGUCGUCGCCGACAUCUCCGUUGUCGCUGUUCAGCCUGAUGCUCCAAUGGACCGGACGUGCCUGCUGGGCUGCGGUAUCACCACCGGUUACGGCGCCGCCCGCAUUACCGCCAACGUCGAGGAGGGCUCCACCGUCGCCAUCUUCGGUGCCGGCUGUGUUGGUCUGUCCGUCAUCCAGGGUGCGGUUGUCCAGAAGGCCAGCAAAAUCAUUGUCGUCGACGUCAACAAGACCAAGGAGGAGUGGGCCAAGAAGUUUGGUGCGACCGACUUCGUCAACCCCAACGACUUGGGUGACCAAAAGAUUCAAGACAAGCUCAUUGAGAUGACGGAUGGUGGCCUGGACUACACUUUUGACUGCACAGGCAACGUCAACGUCAUGCGGGCUGCCCUGGAGGCUUGCCACAAGGGUUGGGGUCAGAGUAUCGUUAUCGGUGUUGCCGCUGCUGGCCAGGAGAUCUCCACACGGCCAUUCCAGCUUGUCACCGGUCGUGUAUGGAAGGGUUGCGCGUUUGGUGGCGUCAAGGGCCGAACCCAGCUUCCCGGUCUCGUUUCGGAUUACCUCGAGGGCAGACUCAAGGUUGACGAGUUCAUCACUCACCGCAAACCCCUCGACGAGAUCAAUGCCGCUUUUGACACGAUGAAGGCUGGCGACUGCAUCCGCUGCGUCGUGGACAUGAAAUAGGCUAGGUCUGCAGCACAGAGGGAGCCACGCACGACUAAAAAAGUAAAUAAUACCAAUUAAAAAGGCACGCUGCUAGGCGACCACUGAGUGAAUGCUGUCAGGUGGAGUUGCAGAGACUCUCACCGAUAUCGGCGCUUCGGUCAUCGAAACAUGCUCUGUGUGGGACGGG